AGCAUUUACUGUUUGUUUUGAUUUGAUUUUAGAGACAAAUAAAAUAGUUACAGACAGAUGUCGUCCAAACAAUUGAUAUCAAGACUGAUGCCAUGGAUUUCCGGUAAUUAUCGGCAACCGAUGAUUGCCAGACAUGUGUCCGCAAUGUGUUGUCGGAGGCCAUCGUUUGAUCGCUUUUAUGGCACUCAUCGCCAACAACAACAACAACAGACAUUUACUGCAGAAACUUCAGAUGCAAGCGAUCAGUCUUCUGACGAUGAAUACGAUGGACAACAACAUGACAGCAGUGAUGAACCAAUUAUCAGUUUAUAUGACACACAUAUCCCGACAACAGUAACACAGAAAGUGUUGCUAUCAGUUGGGUCGGCCAUUGCCGCUAUCACUGAUCCCUACAGAGAUGAUAUGAUCGCCGUUUUCGGUGAAACGACCGGAUAUUUGGCGCUACAAAAGAUGCACAAACAGAUGUUGAGUGAUGACGAGGGCCGACAAAUACUGGAAGACAAACCACGAAUAAACUCGACAACUAUAGACAUUGAUAGGUUGGCCACACUGCCCGACGGAACUUUUGGCCGACAAUAUUAUAAUUGGUUGACUAUAAAUAAUGUAACUCCCGAUAGUCGACAACCCGUCAAGUUUGUAGAUGACGUCCACUUGGCGUAUGUUAUGCAACGCUAUCGUGAAGUACAUGACAUGAUUCACGCGGUGCUCGGAAUGCCGACCAAUAUGUUGGGCGAAGUUCUGGUCAAAUGGAUUGAAGCCAUACAGACUGACCUUCCUAUGUGUUGGUCGGCUGGUCUGUUCGGUGCCGUACGGCUGGCACCGAAGCAACGAAAAAACUAUGUAACCAUUGGACUCCCGUGGGCGCUAAAGUGCGGACACGAAGCCCGGUCACUAAUUUGUAUCUAUUAUGAAAAAAGAUUUGAACAAAACUUGGAUGACUUGAGACGGGAGCUUAAAAUACCACAAAUUCCUAAAUUUUAAUUAUAAAUUAUUAAAUUUUUUAAAUAUAUCGGUAAUAAUAUUUUAGAUUCAAAUGUAAACUAUAG